UCCACAAAAGAAUUGUUUUUAUGGCUUCUAAAUUUUACUUCUUGGUGUAGUGUGGUAUGGACAACCAAAACUGUUAUUAUUACUGUGAAAUGUACAAGCCACUAAUUCCAAAGCAUUUCCAAGGGGGAAAUAAUUCUCCCAUUUCUGAGCUUCACAUAAUUGUCAGUGGCUCUAUGAUUGUCACAUUCUAGCUUGUGUUUCUAGGAAGGUGGGUGGGUUCUCCUUCUCAUGUCCAAGCUGUACCACCCAAUGAUACUUACCAGAAUAUAAAAUCUCUUCAUCCUCUGGUUGGGGAAUUCUUUUUGAUAGCUUAUUGGUGUCUUAUUUGUUGGGUAGUGUUCUUUUCUAGCAUUAAAAAUUGCUGCCAAAGCCUGUGGUUUUUUCUCUCUUCCCUCUUCAAAAUCUGAAAUAUUUCUCAAUGUAUUAUAUUCAAUUUACUCUUUACUCGGAUAGUCUAUGAUUACGACUUUAUUGCAAGAUUUCCCUCUCUGCAAUUGUAGAAUCCCCCGAAGGCAUCGCAGCAUUUAUUGUUUCAGUUCAGAUUCGGCAUUCCAUCAGUUGCAAGUUUGCUCAGAAAACGUCUACAAUUCCACAUUUACAAAGCAAAACGCUUCCUUGUUUUUUUCUCCUGUGUUUAAAGCCCCAUUUGGGUAGUAAGAGAGUGAUGCAUAUUGAAGCUGCCAUAACAACAAAAGAUGGCGAGUCUUGUUCCUGGGGUGCUUCUCAAACUUAUGCAGCAUAUGAACACGGAUGUGAAAGUUGCUGGUGAGCACAGGUCCUCUCUGUUGCAAGUUGUGAGCAUUGUUCCAGCUCUUGCCGGGGGUGAGUUGUUCCCAAAUCAAGGCUUUUAUCUCAAGGUUUCUGAUUCCUUGCAUGCCACCUAUGUCUCUCUCCCUGAUGAACAUGAUGAUCUCAUCCUCAGUGACAAGAUUCAACUGGGGCAGUUUGUUUUUGUGGAUCGUUUGGAGGCUGCUUCACCAGUUCCUAUUCUUCACGGGGUUAGGCCUAUUCCUGGGAGGCACGCUUGUGUUGGAACCCCUGAGGACAUUGUUGCAACAACUCACUCUCUUGGGUUCCUUGGUAACGCUAAGGCUAAGAAGAACAGUGCUUGUUCUGGUCCCUUGGACUUAGAGAGAUCCAAGUCUCCUAGGAAAGUGUUGGGGAAUCACCACGUUGGGGAGAAGGAGAAGAAGGAGAAAGUAAGAUUGCAUAAUGAAGAGCAGUUAGACAAGAAACCAGCUCUUUUGGCUAAGAGUAAAUCUCAGACAACAAAAGCAGUGACAGCCAAUACUGUUGAUGUGAAGAAGGAACCAUUGGCAAGAUUGAAGUCAUUUAAUUCAAGGGCCAUUCCUUCUUCCCCCACUAGUUGUUAUUCUUUGCCUACUUCCUUUGAGAAAUUUGCCAACGGGGUCAAGCAUCAGGCAAACAUCAAGGGAGUGGACAAGCUAACUGCGAAGGUGGGAGUGCUGGAAAUAGGAAAGGGUGUCCGUGGAGCUAGUCCAACCGGGAAGAGAAUUUCCAUGGGAAACCCGAUUAGAAAUUUGGUUCAAGGAAUUGAGCUUGGAGCUAAGGUGCUGCGUAAGAGCUGGGAAGGGAAUAUGGAAGUCAAGAAUAAAGAGACAUCAAAAUCAAGGACUGCCAAGUCUGAUCCUAAGCCUGAGGUUCGUGGCUCAACUCCUAGGAGAAGUACUUCAAGUGAAAAGUUUUCCUCUAAAGAAGAGAGCAAGCUGACAAAGUCCUCCAAGGAAGAGCACAGGACUCAAACAACUAUAAAGAAAGUUGUUGCCAAUGGAACUACGGAAGAACAAGAAAAGACAGGCAAGCCAAGAGUAUCUGUUGGAAAGAAAUCGUCAGAAUUUUCAAACACUGGAUUCCCUGGAAACUUGGUGAAAGUUUCUCCAAGCAGUAGAAAAGUGACAGAUGCAAGUGUUCAAUGGGCUUCACUGCCAUCAUCUAUUGCAAAGCUUGGCAGGGAAGUGAUGAAGCACAGAGAUGCAGCACAGAUGGCAGCAACUGAGGCUAUUCAAGAGGCUGCUGCUGCUGAGAGUUUGCUGCAAUGUCUAAGUGUAUAUGCAGAGCUAAGUAAUUCUGCAAAGGAACAAAACCAGCAGCGUACAAUAGAGCAGUUCCUAACUCUUCAUGGUAGCCUAAACAGUGCAAGAAUGAUUGCUGACUCGUUAUCCAAAUCCAUUCCAGAUGAUUCUUCUCUAGACAAUGAAAGAAUCAUAUCAGAAGAAGAACUAAAACUCAAAUCAGACAGACAAAAGCUAGCAAAUUAUUGGGUCCAGGCUGCUUUAUCCACCAAUCUAUCACCAUUUUCUGUUUACAACCGAGAACCUCUAUCAUCCAGGCUUCCAGCAUCAACCAAUUCUCAAAACCAAAAGAAUAUCAUGGGAAGCAAACCAAUGCUGGUCAUAGAAAAUUCAAGUGAAGAUACUUCAUCAAAAUCUCAUGGAAAAAUCCGUGCGGCUAAUUCCAAACACGCCUUGCAAGGAACUCCUCGCAAAGCAGGUGAUGCCUUAUCAAAUGGACACAAACAACUAGUCCAAUCACCACGGGAUUGGGUCAGAGGAAAUGGGUUUGAUGAAGUGGUUGAUUUAAUUGACAUGCUGCAAGUGAAGUCAAGAGAUUGGUUUCUUGUGUUUGUUGAGAGAUUCUUGGACUCUGAUGGGGACACUGCUAGCUUGUCAAAUAAUGGGCAAAUAGCAGGUAUGCUCACUCAGCUAAAAAGUGUGAAUGAUUGGCUUGAUGAGAUAGGAUCAAGCAAGAAUGAAGGAGAAUCAUGGCAGAUACCAGCAGAGACAAUUGACAGGUUGAGGAAGAAGAUAUAUGAAUAUCUUCUUACACAUGUGGAAUCUGCAGCAGCAGCACUCACUGGUGGAUCACAAUCAUCCCCUGGAAUCCAAACCUCAGAGAUCAAAGCCAAAAAGUGAUGAAUAGGUACAUAGCUUAGCUUAAGGAUGCAUUGUUUAUGAUAUUUAGUCACCAGAACUUAUUCAACAAAAUUUCUCUCCUUUCACUCAUUUUUUUGUACAUAGAUCCUGCAUGUGAUUUGGGAUGUAGAAUAUGUUUAUGUGGGGAAGUAGCAUUGUGAUUUGUGAUGA